AUGGUCAGCACCAAGCGCAGACGAGACGACACCGAAGAGGAAGGGACACCACAAAAAAGACGCGCCCAUCUCGUCGACGAUGAAGCGACUGGCACCGACUCAGAUGUCUUGGAGGUGCAGACACCGUCGCGAAGGGCCAGAACUCAGCACCUGACAGACUUCGGAACGCCGAAGUCGAUCCUGAAGAAGACAGGUGCGGCCAGUGCCUCCAAUUUUGCCACUCCGAAGUCGAAUCGCAAAUUGUUGUUCGAGACGCCUACAGAUUCUGUGGAUGAAGACACUCGCCAUGGCACGCCAACAAUUGUCCGCAACGCCGACCGCAGCGCCAGACGCAAGAGCAACCAGCGGAUAUACGAACGGGCACUCCAUGGCGAGGAAGUUGACGAGGAGGCGCUCGACGAGGAGGAAACUCUAGCAGAACAGAUUCUGGAAGGUGAAAACGGAACAGCACCGAUAUCCACGGCACUAGAAGAAGUGCCUGUGCCGGAGACGCCGUUAAAACGUGGCAGAGGUCGACCGAAAGGCUCGGGGAAGAAGAAGCCCAAGUCACCGACGCCGCCAGCCGAGUUGCCGCCGCACGAGGAGUACUUCUGGCAAAACCGACCCGGUGGACUGAAGACAUCCAACAACACGCUCUCUACGCAAAGAUUGCUCAAUCACGACGAGUACUUUCAGGCCGUGUCCAACUACAACGACUGCCAUGAGCCUGAGGUAAAUUUCCUGAUUGAUUUACACGGCCGUGCCUUUGAUCAGUGGAUGUUCGAGCUUAAUGAAGGUUUCAAUGUUUGCCUCUAUGGCUAUGGCUCAAAACGCAUGAUAACUGAACAAUUUGCGGCUCAUCUGUAUCGCCGUCUCUUAGGGACGGCGCCUUACAACGGCUCGAGGAAAACUCCCAGGAUCGCAAUGAUCAACGCCUACGCUGCGGGUACUACGAUGAAAGAUCUCCUAAUGACCGUAGUAUCGACCAUCAUGCCAAUUUCUACCAAGCUGCCUAAUCAGCCGGCUGUACUGCUUGAUUUUGUGCUUGACUCUCUGUCAGACGAACCGCCUCCGCAUCCCGUCUUUAUCAUUCUAAACUCUAUCGACUCAUCAUCGCUACGGAAGUCGCCGAUACCAUCGAUGUUAGCUCGUCUCGCCGCUCAUCCGUCUGUCAGUCUGAUAUGCACAGCUGACACUCCCAACUUUGCACUGCUGUGGGACGUAGGUUUAAAGACGCAGUACAAGUUUCUCUUUCAUGACGCGACCACCUUCGCACCUUACGAUGCUGAAAUUGACGUCGUGGAAACUGUCAACGAGCUAUUAGGGCGUAGCGGCCGUCGCGUGGGAGGUCGGGAUGGGGUAGGUUUCGUCUUACGGUCACUGCCUGAGAAUGCGCGAUCGCUGUACCGCAUCCUCGUAAUGGAGCAGCUGACCCUGGAAAUCAUGGAGCAAGGCCUCGACGAAGAAGACGACGAUCCUACAGCAACGCCCAAGCCAAACAAGAUCGCAAAAGCCCGGACGACUGUCCCCGAGUUCAAUCGGGGCGUGGAGUACCGCGUCUUGUACCACAAGGCGGUGCAGGAAUUCGUCUGUUCUAGUGAAGUCGGGUUCCGAACCUUACUCAAAGAAUUCCACGACCAUCAGAUGCUUGAAAGUCGCAAAGAUGCAAUGGGGACGGAAAGAUUAUGGGUGCCAUUCAGGCAAGAAGAGUUGGAAGGCUUAGCAGAGGACCUUGCAAGCGAUGCAUUCUGA